AUGCAAGUAGCGCAGCAGCAGAGACCAGCCCAGCCGGGCUUAUCCUUCCAGGAAACACAACAUUACUAUCAGCAACAACCGCAACAGAUUGAAGGGCAAGCACAUGGGCUGCCAUGUCAAUUGCAACAGACUCAACCACGGACUUCACCCCAACCUUCACCGCAACAAAUCCAAGACUUGGAGCAGCACAUAAAGUCAGUCUACGGGUCUUAUGGAACGGUCUACGUGAACAUACUUCCCAUCCCUCAGCCGACUCCACAAGAGCCAGCGCCGGUAGCCAAAUCCGAGGACUUGGAUUUUGCGCCAAUGCCGACGCACUUUGAUGAUCUGCCUGAGAUCAACCUAGAGCCCUCCGUAGGCGACAACGGACUAGGAUUGGACUACGAGCUCGAGAUUCCGGAGAGCGACAUUGGCUACGAAUCCUCGUACUACUCAGAAGCACUGUCACCCGGUCGUUCUCCAUCUUCUUCACCUCGACACCAAGACAUCAGCACAUUCCUAGAUGGAUUCAACGCACGACUAUCUUAUCCAGCACAAGCCUCCCUCCUGCCCACCUCCCAGAGCAGCCCUGCCCUCGAUGCCUUCCUCUCAUCCCCAAGCAGACCUCCCCUAUCCCCCCGGGCGAUGUCAAUCACAGACAUAUCUCUCGACACCACAAUUGAAGACACCGGCAUCUCCCCCGAAGAAGUCCAGCAAUACAUCAGCGAGCAAAACACCGAGAACCACCGCUGGACAUGCCUCUUCCCCGAAUGCGGUAAGACAUUCGGCAGGCGCGAGAACAUCCGAUCCCACGUGCAGACCCAUCUCGGCGACCGCCAGUUCCGCUGCAACGGCUGCGGAAAGUGCUUCGUCCGCCAGCACGACCUCAAGCGCCACUCCAAGAUCCACACGGGCGACAAGCCGUACAAGUGCCCCUGCGGCGGCGGCUUCGCAAGACAAGACGCACUGACCCGACAUCGCCAGCGCGGGAUGUGUGUUGGUGGGUUCCCGAGCGCGGUUCGCCAGCCGGCACGACGGGGGCGGCCGAAAAAGAAGCGACCGGACUUGGAGGAGCGAGUCGACAAGGCGAACAAGGCGCGGAGAGCGCUCGCCUCGACCGCGUCCUCGUACAGCGAUUCUCCGAGCCCCGAGCAUGACUCGCCGGGCAAUAGCUCAGACUUUGAGCCCGCGCAGUAUGCAGACCCGCACUCGUUUGAGAUGCGAUCAGAUCCAUCGUGUGAUCCUUUUGGCUUCAACAACCAAACCUCCCCCUUCGCCUCCUCCCCGCCUAACAGCACUGCCAGCCUCGCCACAUCUAGCCCCUUCGACAUCGGCUUAGCAGGUGACACCCUCUUCCGGCUGACCGCGGAGGCCUUUGCCCAAACCCCGCCGACCUCUCCAAAGAACGCCGACGACGCAGAUGCCCAUUCUCCAGCAACAGACGCUAAAGACGACCACGCCACCGCCGACUACGCCCCCUUCAAAACCUCCCUGUCCUCUUCAAAACCGCCCUCAAACCCCUUCACCACGCCCCCCACCUCCCCCGCCUUCCACGCGGAGACAGACGCAGAGACCGACAUCUUCGCAGACUUCGACGUCGCGACCAGCGCGUCGGGCUCGUACGACACGUCGAGCUUCCCCAUGGACGACGGGCUGUUCGACGGCGCGGAUCUGCUGAGCUGCGCGACUGAUUUCCUGGGGAGUCCCGAGGGGGCGUAUUCGGCCGAGGAGGCCAUGGGGGCCGGGUUGGCGUGGAUUGACGCGUUGUGA